AUGCAGGCUCACAAGCUCCAUCUCCGCCACAAGCGCUGCUCAUUCUCCCCCUUUGCUGGCUCUCCUUUGUCUGCUGUCUCUUCGCUUCUUGUGGAACCUUUCUCUCGCUCCCUUGCCCUCAAGCUUUCUGACUCCUCCUUUCUACUCUAUCCUCCCGUUCCCGUUCCAUUUUCCCCGACAACCUUCCCUCUCCCCACCACCAUCUCCCCGAUCUCUACCUCCGCCUGCUUCAUUCGACUCCUCCGUAGCCCUGGCGCUGAUAUUGGCCGAGUCCUAUUCCUCUCUGCCUCCUCUCAGGGCGCUUCUGUCCUCCUCCGGGGCUGGUUUCUCCUCGGUGGGAGCGGGAAUGGCGGCGAGGGGUUCAUUCCUGUCCAAUUAAGCUCCAGAAAGGACCGCAUGAAAUCGGAGCUCGUUCUCGAUCACCGUCAUGGUUUCUCGGUGACGUUGGCAGGAUCAGUCAACGUUUUUGUUCUGCAUUCGCCAGCGGAGGGAAAGAUUUUAGUCUACGCCGCGAGGCUGUGUGGCGAGGUGGGGGAGGAAUUUUGGGUGGACCUGAUGAAGUGCGCUGUGAUUGAAUGUACCUCGCCAGUCUUCUCGAUUCAGCUAUCUACCGGGUUUCUGCUUCUGGGAGAGGUGGCAGGGGUCAGAGUUUUUCCUCUCAGGCCGCUUGUCAAGGGGAGGGCUGGGAGUAGGAAGAAUUCGCGACGAAGAAGGAAGGAAGACAUGAUCGAGAGUUUUAACAGAGGGCUGAUACAGUUUCGUGGAAAAAACCUCCCAAAUGGAGUGGUGACCGGCGUGGUCGCUGGAAAGAAUGGGCCUUGUCAAGCGUCCAUUUUCCCUUCUGAGUCUACAGCUAGUCUCUGCAACUCCGACGAUGGUCAUUCGGUAGAAAAGAGGCAUGAUGCUGCACUUGACUAUCCGCUCACGGGGAAAGUUGAACCUGAAAAGGCUUCUGGUUAGUCUAACAUUGGCUUUUUUUUAAUUGAAGUUGCUCAAAUUUGCACGCCAAGGAAAAUAAGACCUGCGGCAUGCUUUGGUAGAAAGAUUUCGGAUCCCUAAAGUAUAGUUACAUUUCUCCGAUUUUCUUGUCGCACUUUCAUGCGGAAUGGGAAUUUAGCCUUUCUGUCAGUAACACCCGCCAGAAUCCUGUGGGAGCUUCAGCUGAAGUGCCCUGUAACUAUUAUUCUAUAUCAAAUGAAAACUAUUAUUGACCAUCUUUUUAUUGCUUGUCAGAAAGAGGAGUAUGUUUUGAUGUCGCGUUAUGAGAUAGAAUUGUUUCACCAGUAGACCAUUUUUCUGGGAAAUGAGCAUUUUCAGGCUUUGAUAUUUUUUAUGGUAGUAAUAUGGACCAAAAUCGAAAGGAUAUAGGAGGCUAAUCUAGUAGAACAGUACGGGACAAGAUCUAAGGUUCUCAGCGAAAAAGAAUUUUAACUUCCCAACAUUCCAAUGUCGUAUACUUACAAUGGUUCUCUAUUCUUGCUUUCUGAAUUUAUGAUCUGAUAAUUAAUACCUGGACGGGGGCUUGCAUUGUAUACUUCAAGAGAAAAGAAGGGGAAUGAUUCGACGGAGAGUCAUGAAAAAAUGUAAUAUUGGUGAUUACAGCGGAAUAAUUGGUGUGUUGUUAUGCGUGUCAUGGGUGCUGCGUGGCUUAGACUGGUUGUCGUGACUCUCACAAUCAUAAUGAGCUCUAAUGCAGAUUCUACAUAGUAUUUUCUUCUAGAUUCUCAUAGCUUUUUCAUACGUUUGGAAAAACUAUUUGAACAUAAUUGUUUGCUGCAGAAUUUUUAGUGGUAAUUAUGACAGGCAUCUCUUCUGUUGAAAGUUCUGUCUAUGAACUUGGACGCUUUUUGAGUGUUCCUGGGCAGGUUUCAUCUCAGGAGACCUUGUCAAGUUCUAGCAUCGAUCAUUAGACUAUGGUGGCAAUAAAUUCAUGGUUUGCUUGUGAUGCAUAUAUGUUUCAUUCCUGUUGCGGUACGUACGUUGUUUAAAUAAUGCCUAUUAUCUUCUUGACUGUUGUAGGUUACAAACUCUGAUCUGUUGAUAUUUUUAUUCAGCUUGUCACUCUGCAUCAAAUCCAAUAUCACAUAAAUCAUUACUUACUGGUCCACCGAGUCAGCUUGUUUCACUGGGUUCAACAUUUUUUUCAGAUAAUUUCUGAUGAUCCACUGUUUCCGCAGUUUUCUCUUUUGUUGAUCUAAUGCUAAUUUUAACUGCUCUGGUAUAUUAGAUGUUAUGCAGACCAUGUGUUCGUUCUUCAUGUUUCCUAUCUUAGUCCAUUUUCUCUUUCAUGCAGCUAAGCUCAGGACAGUAAAGCUCAGACAGAAUUCUGGUGAACUUAGCUCAUAUUUUGUGGCUUUUGACAAUGCUGAAGUGCAAAGCCCUAAAAAGGUGUCAUUGUCACGAUUGCCUGUAAAAACAACAUCAAUCCAUGUCUUGCCACAGAGAAAAUUUCUAGUCUUGGAUUCUAUUGGAGACCUUCAUCUGUUGAGCUUGUGUAAACAUGUGGUUUCAGAAGCUGACUCCACUGUUAACACUGUAGAGUCCUCUAAAGAAUCAUACAUAGUGCGCCUGGAUUGUACUAUCAAAGUGCAAAUGCUGGCUGCUUGUCCUGACUUGUCCACAAGUAGGUUACACUUAUUAUCUUCUUCCGUUAAUGAUCUCAUUUUUAUAGACCGUUCCCCCUGAAUCUGCAGGAGGCCAGAUAGUUUGGAUAUCAGAUUCACUCUAUUCUGUUCACGUUAUUAAAUUGAUGGACGUUGGUGAAAAUGAUGAGAAAACUGGGAAAAAGCUAGCUCAAGUAUCAGGUCUCUGAAAACCAUGAAUAUUUAUUUUUUUAUGCUGUUGUAGGCAGAAGCAGAGAACUUUAGUUUUUCAUUAAAAGUUUACUUAACUUUCUGGCUCAAAAUCCGGAAUAUUUGAACCUGCCUGUCUUAGUUUUAUGAUGCCGUGACUAAUCGAAUGUGUACUGUUCCUUCUUAGCUAUUCGUGCAAUAUUUUCAAGUGAAAGAAUUCAGGAUAUUGUUCCACUCACUGAGAAUGCAGUUAUGAUUCUAGAAGAAGGUAUGUCUACACGAUAGAUUGGAAAGUGAUCCUUUUCUCUUGACUUAGACGAGGAAUCUAUCUUUUAUUUUUCUUUUUCCUUUUAGUUUUACUUGCUGUGACAUUGAUCCGAUGUAUGUUUACACAUACAUCUAUGUGAUUGCAUACCCACAGGAGACAUAUAUGUGUACGAGAUUGAUUGA